AUGGCUUGGCAAUCUCCGUCAGCCAUGUCAGGAAGCGGAGGAAUCCAAGGAGCCAUGGGGGAAUCGAAUAGCGGUCAUCCGCAAGGAACGGAAUAUACAUUACAGGGGGUGAUGCGCUUCCUCCAGACCGAGUGGCAUCGUCACGAACGAGACCGCAAUGCCUGGGAGAUUGAACGAGCGGAGAUGAAGUCUCGCAUCGGCCGAUUGGAGGGGGAGAUUCGAACUAGCAAACGCAUGCAAGAAUCGCUGGGUAAACAUGUGAGGUUGAUGGAGUCGGCACUGAAGAAAGAGCGGGAGAAGGUGAAAAAGCUCUCCAAUGGGGAGUCAAUCAAAGAUGUGCAGGAUCCAAGGGACGUUGCGCGAGAGAGCGUGAGCUUUCUCAAGGGUGAGUGGUUUCCAAAAUUCGAAUGCAAAACGUCAAUAUUGACGGUACAUGGCGCUGAUCAUUUCGUUCAAGAACAACGUUCCGCCUCCAGGUUGGACACUGAUGUCAAUGAACAAGAUGCCCGACAAUCAGAAUCGCAAGAGAGCUUGCACGAAGACGACCGUGAUAAGUCUCGGACCUACUUAUCAAAAUGCGCCCAGGAAAUUGCGUACCAUGUCAUUCCCACCUCUCAUCCAGUACCCGACCUCACCGAUCCUGACAUCGCCGGCCAUUUCUAUGGGAACCAGCAGCUCUCUAAGCAAAACCUCGAGGACGCAUUCCUGCAGCAACGAAGGCAAAAAGCCAACCAUAUGAUUUCUCGUGAAGCCCUGCUUGCAAAUAACCAACAUAACACUAGUCAAUACUCUGAAAAUGCGCCUUUGUCGCAGGCUCCGACCACCCACAACGCACUGCCCCACUCUGUUGAGCAGGCCCAGCAAAAUGAGCAACAGCAGAAUCAACUACUACUACAGCAACAGCAACAGCAACAGCAACAACAACAACACUUGCAGACUCCCGUCACCGCAAUUGACAAUCGGAAGAUGACUCCCGAGCAAGGAAUGAUUCACGAUCGUCCAUUUGGAGGAACGCAACAGUUGGCGGACGACAUGCCAGGACCUACGAUUACUGUGAAAGAGACCUCAGAAUCUUCGCGACCCACCACAGAAAAUAACGAGGACAUCGAUGGGUGGAACUUCGAUGAGCCUUCUGAGCCAGCUCCCACGAGCGAGAUAAUUCCUCCUCGUCGACCUGACACGGACGCCUUUCCCAAUGCCCAUUUUGUAUCAAGCAAAUCUCCUUCAAAGAGCGGGUCUCUCUCGCACCGACGCAAGAGCUCAGGAUCGCGACGGAAAAGUGAAGAUAAAGGAGCCGAGAGUCGAGAAUUUGCUGCGAAAACCUCGCAGCAAGAUUCUAGUUUCAAGGUUCGCUUUGCGUUGCGCGGUCAUCUUGAUGUCAUUCGGUCUGUGAUCUUCACAGGCGGUGGUAGCCCAUCCGAGCCUGAGAUUUGCACAUGCAGUGAUGAUGGUACCAUCAAACGCUGGAUCAUCCCCGCAACGUACGGCACAUUUGGUGCUCAUGGCCCAAGCUCCAGCAACGACUUGGACAUCACAAGCUACUUCACUCACCGAGGCCAUGUCGGUGCUGUCACGUCGCUGGCAGCCUGUUCUCCGUCACAGAACAUCUCCAACGGAGGUCGCGCUUUUGGUGAUGGGUGGGUAUUCUCUGGCGGGCAGGAUGCUAGUGUCAGGGUCUGGGAGCGAGGCCGAGUUGAUCCAAAGGCCACCCUUGAUGGCCACACGGAUGCUGUCUGGGGACUUUGCGUGCUUCCAGGGACAGCUGGCUCUGUCUUUGGAGAUUCAAGCAGCCACUACGGUGGUCCGGACCGAGUUCUGUUAGCUUCUGGUUCUGCAGACGGCCGCAUUCUCAUCUGGGCUGUCAGUGCGCCUCCCCUGGCCUCCAAUCCCCAGUCCGGAUCACGGCGCCAGGGUGGAAGCCGUCGUGCAAACUCGAUCUCCUCCGGCUCUAAUUUCCCGUCAUCUCCGCAACCGAGCAUUGCUACUACUACCCCUUUCCAUUACACGCUUGUGCACCACAUCUAUCGCAGCGAGUCUCCCUCUCCCACCUGCAUCAGUCCCUUGUCUUUGGCAGGUGUGAACUUUGUCGUCUCUUAUGCGGAUGCCUCCAUCCUUGUUUACGAUACUCGUACGGGUGAAGAGAUUGUCGGUAUGGCCAGCCUAGAAACAUACGAUGGAACCCCUUCAACCGGCGUGAAUUCCGUGGUCGCCACGACUGUUGGAUUCGAUGGAUCCGCUCAUCUGGACCCGAGCCGAGCGAUGGCCGAGGAGGAAGUUGUCCAUGGGGCUACAGGCUCCAGUAGCGUGGAAGGUGUUAUUAUUAGUGGCUAUGAAGACCGGUACAUUCGUUUCUUCGAUGCUAACAGUGGCCAAUGCACGUACACGAUGCUGGCACAUCCCGCUGCGAUUGCCUCGCUAUCCCUGUCUCCAGAUGGACGGGAGCUCGUCUCAGCAGGUCAUGAUGCCAGCUUACGAUUCUGGAACCUUGAAAAACGGAGCUGCACCCAAGAGCUGACAAGUCACCGGUUGAUGCGGGGAGAGGGUGUCUGUGCUGUUGUAUGGAGCCGGGAUGGUCGCUGGGUCGUCAGUGGUGGUGGUGAUGGCGUGGUCAAGGUCUUCUCUCGAUAA